AGCCCAGAGCAAACCAGCUUUGCUUAAAACGUUGCUGCGCAGCUAUAAAAUGCACCUGCAGCCCCACACCUCUCUUGGGGACGGGCUUGUCCCGAUGCUUGUUUAUUCUCUCGCUGCCAGCAGCUUGUCAUCAUUCAAGCCGACCUGUGGCGACCAAUAGAGUGUUGAUGAUACACCGUGGUCAAGCAGCACGCAACCCCGACAACAAUGGCCGACAUUGAGAGCACCGCCGACGGCGGCGCCCAGAUCCGCGCCGCAGCCACCAAGGACAUCGUGGAGAAGGCGGAAUCUCUCGUGCAGGUCCCGAGCGCCGAGAAACCAGACGCCAGUGACUUCCCCACCGCCGAGGAGCUCAACAACCUGCGCCGCGUCGCCGACAAGAUCCCCUGGAGCGUCCUGACCAUCGCCUUCGUGGAGCUGUGCGAGCGCUUCUCGUACUACGGCACAACUGCCGUCUUCACCAACUUCAUUCAGUGGCCGUUGCCCGAGGGCUCCACAACGGGCGCGAACUACGGAACCGGCCAGGCUGGUGCCAUGGGCUUUGGGCAGCGGGCGUCUACUGGCUUGACUACUUUCAAUGCCUUCUGGCAAUACACAAUGCCUCUCUUUGGCGCGUACAUCGCUGAUUCUUACCUCGGGCGCUACCGCACAAUCUGCUGGGCAUUGGUCAUUGGCAUAGUCGGUCACGUAAUCCUGAUCAUCGCGGCCAUUCCUCCGGUCAUCAAGAACCCCCCUGGUGCUAUGGGGGCAUUCAUCAUUGGUAUCAUCACAAUGGGUGUGGGGACUGGUGGUUUCAAGCCCAACGUGAAUCCUCUAAUCGUCGAGCAGCUCCCGGCAGAGUCUAUGAGGGUCGUCACGCUCAAGUCAGGUGAAAGAGUCAUUAUCGACCCGGCCGUCACAGCCUCGCGGAUUUAUCACUAUUUUUACAUGUUCAUAAAUAUCGGGGCCCUGGUAGGACAGAUCGGUAUGGUAUAUUGCGAAUACUACGUCGGAUUCUACAUGUCAUUCUUACUACCUACAAUUAUGCUCUGCUUCUGCCCGCUGGUCAUGUUGUGGGGCAGGAAGCGAUACCGACGAGUUCCUCCCGAGGGAUCAGUCCUCGGCAAGGCUUUCAAGAUCUUUGUGUACGCGAACAAGGGCCGGUGGUCGAUAAAUCCGAGGAAGACCUACCGCAACCUCCACGACGGCACCUUCUGGUCCAAGGUCAAGCCCUCCAAUAUCGCGCCCGCAGACCGGCCCAAGUGGAUGACCUUCGAUGAUGCCUGGGUUGAUGAGGUCCGACGUGGCUUCAACGCAUGCGCCGUGUUCAUGUGGUACCCCCUAUUCUGGAUCUGCUAUAACCAGAUCAAUAACAACCUCAUCUCGCAGGCGGCAACCAUGAGGCUCGGCGGUGUACCCAACGAUGUCCUGACGAACCUCAACCCGUUCUCGCUCAUCAUCAUGAUUCCGCUGCUUGACCUCUUCGGAUAUCCUCUCCUGCGGAGACUCAAGUUCAAGGUGACGCCAAUCAAGAAGAUCACCGUCGGUUAUUUCGCCGGCGCCUGUGCCAUGAUCUGGGCCGCAGUUAUCCAGGCUUAUAUCUACCGCCGCAGCGACUGCGGUAAUUAUGCCGGGCAGAACCUCCCGGGAACCGAGGACCGCUGCCCCAAUGUCGACAUCAGUGUUUGGGCCCAGUCCGGCUCAUAUAUUCUUAUAGCAUUCUCAGAGAUAAUGGCAAGCAUCACGAGUUUGGAGUAUGCCCACUCAAAGGCUCCUGCGAACAUGCGAAGCAUGGUCCAGUCGGUGGCCCUGUUCAUGAACGCUGUGUCUUCUGCCAUUGGAUUCGCCCUGGUGUCCCUAGCCGAGGACCCCCUCUUGGUUUGGAACUACACGACCGUUGCCAUACUAGCUGCUAUCGGCGGCUCAAUCUUCUACAUCCAGUUCCGGAAGCUGGACCAGGCAGAAGACGAGCUCAACAUGUUGCCUAAGGGCAAGCUCAACGCUGAUGAUGCAGGUGAUCAUGUUGCUUUGCGGUCUGAAUCGGCGGGUAAUAAGGAAACGUCCUAG